AUGUCCUCGGCCAAGAGAAAGCUGCCCGCCGACGCCCUGAGCGACAACAAUGUCGACCGAGAGCGCCUCCAGUCGCUGCUGACCAUCCCGGACCCCGAUGCCUCCGCCGACGAGGCGGCCGUUGAGCAGCACUUCCAGCAACACUUUGCCAGGAUUGCCGACGCUCUGCUGAACCGAACCCUGCUUCGGAUCAGCGACGAAAGCCGCGGCAUCUUGCCGCAGUGGUUCCGGUUCCUGGAAGUCGAGUUCUAUCUGAAGGACCAGGAGUGGCAUCUGGACCCAUACACCCACGGACAGCCCCAGCAAAAGACCCGAGGACAGUGGUAUUUCCAUAAAAAGGGCAACGCAUACUCAGGAGGAACCUGGAAAGGCGUCGACCUCACCUUUGGCGAGACCAAGGACACGCACUGUGUCUUUGGAGGCAUCCUGAUCCGUGCGAUCGAGUGCUGCGAGACGGGCGAGAUUGUCGAGGGCCCCUCGCGCUGUGUCGACCGGCUCAUCGAGGUGCUCAAGGCCAAGGGUGUCCCCGAUCUUGCUGACGGGAUCCUGCAGAAGCAGUUCGAGGCCACCGGCGACAAGGCCAAGCUGGCCCUCGUUUCGGAUCGCACCCUCGCCCGGCUCUGGAAAGAGGAUGGCGGACCGGACGGCUCGCCCAACGGCGCUGCAGUGGGGAAGAAGGCCAAGACCGAGCUCUCCGACACCGAGCCCGACAGCGAUCCGGAGCCCGAAGCUGUCGCCCAGCCGCCCAAGCUCAAAGCGGCUGCUGGCGAUCGGCCAUCGCAGGUGCUGCCAUGCAAAACGGCGCUCGGUCGACGGCUUGUGCUUGGGUCGCCCCGCAUUGGGCUCUACCUCCGUGCCUCGUACUCGGAUCUCGACCAGCGCAUCGGCUACGUGCGGCGCCCUUAUCGGUUCUUUAGUCGGCACCAGGAGCUGAAGAGAUCCAAGCCGCUGACGGUCCUGGCAUCCCUGCGACUCGUUCGCGAGCUCGUCAACCAGCCAAGCACCGUGCGCGACGGACAGGAUGGCGACGAUACCGAGGAGGACGAGCCUGCGGAACAACCAAGACCCGGCUCCCUGAAAGACGUCGGCAUCAAUAUCCGGCUCAAGAAGGCCGACCUGGAAUACGACCGCGAGCCACCACAGGCGCUGGUCAACAGCAUCCAUCGGCUGUCGAAUGUGCCGACCGCCAUGGUUGCUCGCUGUCUGGCUUCGUAUCGACAGGGCCAGGGCCAGGCCGCCAAGUCGUUCCUGGACGAUGCCUUGGGCAGCGCCGACUCGCUGUGUCGAUUCUUUGGCUGCGUGGGAUACCAGUGA